UAAAAUUAUAUGAAAUGAGUGUGUAUAAACAAUGAAGUAGACUUCACGAAGAAAGUCUGCUGCAGAAUACAAUACCGUAUAUUCAGAGCAUAUGAUGAAGGGUAAUGAUAAAGCAUACAGGUAAGAUUGAUGGGUACAAAGAAGGAGAUGCUGGAUCUUCACAGAUGAUGAUUACAGUGAUAAUAAAUGUAGAUGCAAAUGGAUAAGAGAUCGUUUGCCAAACACUGCGAACACACUGGGGGAAUCAAGUGUGCGAGAGGCUAUCCAGGUUGAUAACGGGGAUUAUUGGCAUGAUCAGAGAGUACUUAUUGUAACUAUUUACAGUAACUGGUGGAUCAGAAAGGAAGUGUGAAGGGUAUGUAUACACCUGGGUAUAAGACAGACAAAAAUGUGGAGAGAUCUACAGAUAUAUAUCUUAGGAAGAAGAACUCCAGAAAAGUAGGAGGCGAAAGAGCCUUUUGAAUUUAGAACAGAUUAUGUUAAGCUUUGGAGGCUAAAGAGGCAUUUGUGGUGUACUGACAAGAACUCCAGUCUAGCUUUUAAAGACUUUGGACAUUUUUCUUUCUGCCGUGAACCAUCUUUGUGAUGCAGACCAGUCAACCUCCAGAUCUAUCUGUUUGUUUGAAAAAUGUGUGUCAGAUGCCUCGGGUUUGACGAUAUUUUCAGCUCUGAUGUUCUGUGACUCAACAGUAAUAAUGCAUUUCCACAGGCGGUAAAAAUAUUCUAGACUCUUCCCUUCCAAUGCUCACUGUUUACUUCCUCUGCACUUCCCCUUCCUGCCUCCCUGUUUGCUGGUCAGUUGAUAGUGGGCCUCAAGGGGGGUGAGUUAACCCACUCUUUCCAGGGUGUUUUAGUACUGAGCUCCCUCCAGAGGGUGGGAAUUCUAUAGGGAGGACAGUCGUUGGGGCUUCAAUUUAAUUCUUAAAACAUUCCUUGAGCCUUUGGUCUAUUCUGGGCACCAUGCCAGAUGAUCAGGGAUUGUAAGGUGAAUGUUAGGGCUCUAGCCCUGGGGGGAACAGUUAAGGGUCGGUUUCACUGGGUCAGUCUCUUUGUAAACACCUGUGAACUCCACGCGUCCCUCUUUCUUUCAGGCAGAAGCAGAAUCCCAUGGUAGCCAGGUGGGUGAAGGGGAGCGAGGACGUCCCACCUGCCUUGAAGAAGACGCCUUCUGACCUGCUGAGGGAGUGACCAGGUGGUUUCAACAGCCUGACAAUGGACGCCAUUCACAUCAGCAUGUCCAGUGGUCCCGGGGUGAAGCACACUGCAGGAGCUGGACCCAAGACCAACAGACCCCGAGUCAUGUCCAAGAGUGGGCACAGCAACGUGAGAAUUGACAAAGUGGAUGGCAUAUACUUGCUCUACCUUCAAGACUUGUGGACGACCGUCAUUGACAUGAAGUGGAGAUACAAGCUUACCCUGUUUGCAGCCACAUUUGUGAUGACCUGGUUCCUUUUUGGAGUGAUCUACUAUGCCAUUGCAUUUAUUCAUGGGGAUUUAGAACCAAGGGAGGAUGUUUCGAAUCACACUCCCUGCAUCAUGAAAGUGGACUCUCUCACUGGAGCAUUUCUCUUUUCCCUGGAAUCCCAGACAACCAUUGGCUAUGGAGUCCGUUCCAUCACGGAGGAAUGCCCUCAUGCCAUUUUCCUCUUGGUUGCUCAGUUGGUCAUCACAACCUUGAUUGAGAUCUUCAUCACGGGCACCUUUCUGGCCAAGAUUGCCAGACCCAAAAAGCGGGCAGAGACCAUCAAGUUCAGCCACUGCGCGGUCAUCACCAAGCAGAACGGGAAGUUGUGCUUGGUGAUUCAGGUGGCCAACAUGAGGAAGAGCCUCCUGAUUCAGUGCCAGCUCUCUGGUAAACUCCUCCAGAGCCAUGUCACUAAAGAGGGGGAGCAGAUUCUGCUCAACCAAGCCACCGUCAAAUUCCACGUGGACUCCUCUUCGGAGAGCCCCUUCCUCAUUUUGCCCAUGACAUUCUACCACGUACUGGAUGAGACGAGCCCCCUGAGAGAUCUCACACCCCAAAACCUGAAGGAGAAGGAGUUUGAACUCGUGGUCCUCCUCAAUGCCACCGUGGAAUCCACCAGUGCUGUCUGCCAGAGCCGCACAUCUUAUAUUCCAGAGGAGAUCUACUGGGGCUUUGAGUUUGUACCUGUGGUUUCUCUCUCAAAAAAUGGAAAAUAUGUGGCUGAUUUCAGUCAGUUUGAACAGAUCCGAAAGAGCCCAGAUUGCACCUUUUACUGUGCAGAUUCUGAGAAGCAGAAACUUGAGGAGAAGUACAGGCAGGAGGAUCAGAGGGAAAGGGAACUGAGAACUCUUUUGUUACAACAGAGCAACGUCUGAUGGCAGUGGUCACCCCCGGUUUAACUCUGUGAGCUGUGUCCACAUCUGAGCUCCCUUCAAAUGCAAAGGUCACUGUGAAAAUGAAAAUGUGUGGAUUCAUUCUAAAAAACUAUACAGACAUACAAAAUCCAUUUUUUUUUCCUUUGAUCUGGCGCCUAAGCAAACAUUUCCACAUUUGAGGAGGUUCCUCUUUAAAAUGCUUUUUCUGAAGCAAACUCUUAAAAUUCCUAUUUUCUAAAAUGGGGCUAUAUUUCCAAAACCGUGGUGCAGGACAAUUGAAAUAAUGUUGUGCCGGGUGGACAGACAUUUAGCAAUGCUGGUGUUGAAAGGAAGUGUAUUUCUAUACAGGAUAGCAGCUAUAACUUAAGGUAUUUAUUCAAAACAAGUAUCAAAGAUGUUGUGGCCGAGAGUUGAAAUGUGGUUCCGUAUUCCUUUAUGCCAUUGCUUUACAACACCCUCUUUUCGAGCAGAGAAAAUGUUAUCUUUAUUGGAAGCUAUCUGGCAAGUCAAGGGGACUCUGUACUCACAAAAAUAAUAAUCCCAUUCUUACUUGUUUUCAUCAGAUUUAAUUGUACAGAGUGAAAUUGAACAAAUCAGGAGUUAACAGUUGUGAAAACAUACACGAAUAGAGUUGACUCUUUUGUUCACAGUAAUUUUUUUUUGUUGGAAUGUACUAGCCAUUUUUUGUUCAAAAUGUAGCUCACAAACCAGCAUCAGCACCAUCUGGGAGCUUAUUAGCAAUAUAGACUCUCAGGCCCCACCCAGACUUAGAGAAACCAGAGUCUGUAACUUCACAAGACCUCCAAGUCAUUUCAGACAAAUGAACGUCUGAAAAAUGUCCACUCAAGAAAGUGUUCAAGGGAACUUUCUGAAGCCACAGCACCCUCAGGGUCCCAAACCCACAUGGCCUCCAGACCUGUCCUUCUUUCUUCAGCUUAUUAUUAUGGGCCAAUAUUCUUGUCAGCCACUGCAUUCCUUGUCUAUUAAAAUACCUUGUUUGCCAAGGAACUGCCACUGAUAUCCCAAGAUUGAAAAACGUUGCGGGGCGCCUGGGUGGCUCAGUCGGUUGGGCGACUGCCUUCGGCUCAGGUCAUGA